UUGGUUGUUUUAGUUGUAAAGGUCACAGAAACCUGUUUUAAGGAGCUAUAAUUAAAAAAAGUCAUUAAAUUUUUAUAAUUUUAGUUUUAGGAUGAGUUGGUUUUAAAAAGUUAACUAGUUUAUAAUGGGGAAAACAUCUUUAAAAAUAAUGUUUUAUUGUAAGAUUCUUUAUUUCCGUCCAGAAACAGUUUUUAUGAAAACAUUCAGGAAUAAUUUGAUGCUAAAAGUGCAGUUUUAUGGGAAGGGGGCGGCGCUUAUCCCUGAGCCCGCCCCUCCUUCGUUCUGAUUGGCUCUGAUCCCACCGCGCAGCUCGGUUUCCUGUUGGCUGUCGGGGCUGCCAAUCACAGCGGACAUCCUCUCCUCAUGCUGCCUCCGCGCCGCUCUUCAUCUCCAGUCGCUGCGUGGAGACACUCCUGGCUUCACGGAGCGUGGAAACCAUCACGGCGCGCGCCUCCGAAACCCUGCCCGGCUCGCGCGCACACACACACACGCGCACGCGCAGCGCCUCGGUGAGAGCCGGAGCCCCGCGUGAGAACAUUUUGGAUGUCAGGAGAGGAGGAGGUGGUCGGUGGUCUUCGUCUCUUUCUGUGAUUCACCGGAGACAUGUGGAGCAGGACCAGCCUCCUCCCGCCGCUCCGCCUGCUGCUGCUGCUGCUGCUGGGCGCCGAGGUGUCCCAGUCGACCGGUUACUUCGAGCUGCAGCUGAUCUCUGUGGAGAACCUGAACGGGGAGCGGGCGGACGGGGAGUGUUGUGACGGCGCCCGCUCCCCGGACCGGCGCUGCUCCCUGGACGAGUGCGACACCUUCCUGCGGGCGUGUCUGAAGGAGUACCAGAUGGAGGUGACCACCAGAGGUCCCUGCACCUUCGGAGCCGGGUCCACCCAGGUCCUCGGUGGAAACUCGCUGUCUUUCAACAACAACGGGAACAAAGUGGACGAGGCCGGCAAGAUGGCCAUCCCCUUCCAGUUCGCCUGGCCGCGGACGUACACGCUGAUCGUGGAGGCUUGGGACUGGGACAACGACACACGCAGCAACGAGGAGCUCCUGAUCGAGCGCGCCACCCAAACCGGCAUGAUCAACCCCGGCGAUCCGUGGCAGACGUUCUUUCACGACGGGCCGGUGGCUCGCCUGGUUUAUCGUAUCCGGGUGCGGUGUGACGAGAACUACUACGGGAACAAGUGCAACAAGCUGUGCGUUCCUCGGGACGACUACUUCGGCCACUACCGCUGUGAGCCUUCAGGGACCCAGGUGUGCCUGGACGGCUGGAUGGGUGCGGACUGCAGGACACCAAUCUGCAAACAAGGCUGCAACCUGCUGCACGGUGGCUGCUCUGUCCCCGGAGUAUGCGAGUGCAGCUACGGCUGGCAGGGCCAGUUCUGCGACGAGUGCGUGGUCCACCCCGGCUGUGGCCACGGGACCUGCACCCUCCCCUGGCAGUGCAACUGUGAGAAGAACUGGGGCGGCCUGAUGUGUGAUAAAGAUCUAAAUUACUGCGGCCACCACCAGCCCUGCAUCAAUGGAGGAACCUGCAUGAACACUGAGCCGGACAAAUACCACUGCUCCUGUCCACAGGGCUACUCUGGAAUAAACUGUGAGAUAGCUGAGCACGCCUGCGUCUCCGAUCCCUGCGCCAACGGAGGAACGUGCCACGAGGUUCCUUCUGGGUACGAGUGUCGGUGUCCACCGGGCUGGGAGGGUUCCACCUGCGCCAACAAUGCAAAUGAGUGUGCAGGACAGCCCUGCCUGAACGCUUAUUCUUGCAAAAAUUUGAUUGGUGGAUAUCACUGCGACUGUUUCCCGGGAUGGUUGGGACCGAACUGUAACAUCAACGUCAACAGCUGUCACGGUCAGUGCCAGAACGGAGCAACGUGCAAGACCGGCCCGAGGGGUUACCACUGCCAGUGUCCUCCUGCCUUUAGAGGCACUCACUGUGAGAUCCAGAGGAACUCCUGUGAGAGCCCACCCUGUCAGAACGGGGGGCAGUGCCACAAAGUGCUGGACGGCUUCGUGUGUGAAUGCCCACCACAGUUUGGUGGCCAGCUGUGUGAGAUUCCAGGCUGGCCCCCCUCAGACACCUGUGAUCCGGACCCCUGCGAGCACGGCGCCACGUGCCACAGCAUGGACCAGGAUUUCUACUGCGCUUGUCCUGAAGGCUACGAGGGGAAGACGUGUGAGCGUCUGAAGGAGCCGUGCCAGACCAGCCCGUGUCAAGUGAUUGAUAGCUGCACUGUCGCCGUAGCGAGCAACGACUCGGCCGUCGUGCAGCACAUCCCCUCCAACGUGUGUGGGCCACGAGGCCGCUGCAGCAGCCAGCCGUCGGGCAACUUCACCUGCACCUGUGAUCCGGGUUUCAGUGGUGCCUACUGCCAUGAGAAUAUCAACGACUGCGUCAGCAACCCCUGCAGGAACGGAGGCACCUGCAUCGACCGAGUCAACGCCUUCCAGUGCUUCUGUCCGGACGGCUGGGAGGGUCAGCUCUGCCAGCUCAAUGUUAACGAGUGCAGACACAACCCCUGUAAGAACGGCGGACGCUGCCUUGACCUGGUGAAUGACUUCUACUGCCAGUGUGCCGACAACUGGAAGGGCAAGACCUGCCACUCCCGUGAGAGCCAGUGUGAUGAAACCACCUGCAGUAACGGUGGCACCUGCUAUGACCACGGUGAUGCCUUCCGUUGUUCCUGCCCACCUGGCUGGGGGGGAAACACCUGCAACACAGCUAAAAACAGCACGUGUGCCUCCAGUCCUUGUUCCAACGGUGGGACGUGUGUCGGAGGAGGAGACACCUUCUCCUGCAUCUGCAAAGAGGGCUGGGAGGGCCCCACCUGCCAGACAAAUAUAAACGAGUGUCAGUCCUCUCCCUGUGCCUACGGAGCCACCUGUGUGGACCAGAUCAACGGCUUCCGCUGCAUCUGCCCCAUGGGCAGAUCAGGAGCACGAUGCCAAGAGUUCAUCGGGGUUGGAAAGCCGUGCCACUACACCGGUCUGCAGUUUCCUCAUGGCGGUCAUUGGGAGGAGGAGUGCAACAACUGCCACUGCCUCAACGGCAGAGUGAGCUGCACAAAGGUGCUGUGUGGUCGCCGUCCCUGCCAGCUCCCAGCAUCAGAGCAGGAACCGAGACUGAAGUCCUGCCCAGCUGGACAGGAGUGUCAGGAGCACAGCUUCUACACCUGCUUCUCCCCCCCCUGUGGUCAGUGGGGGGUUUGUUCCAUGGCUGGACCUCUACCUCCUCAAAUGACCACCAAGUGCCAGCCAAACAACAGCCACUUGGACAACAGCUGUGGUCGCAUCACCCUGGUUUUUAACCGGGACAAAGUGCCUCCGGGCACCACGGUGGAGGAUAUCUGCUUCGAACUGCGCUAUGUCCCCGACACCAGAAGGUUGGCCAAAGACCACGCCCUCCUCCUGCUCUGUGAGCUGUCCCACUCCAACCAGGACGCUGUGGAGGUGGCCAUCUCGUUCCAGCCUGAGAACUUGCCGGACCACAGUCUGAUCCAGGAGGCCGCCGGCGCCAUCGUGGGGACCUUAUCGAAGAGGCACAACAACACGGUGAUGUUGGCGGUCAUUGAGGUCAAAGUGGAAACGCAGGUCAUGCCUCCGUCAGUGCACUACCUGGUGCCUCUUCUGUGCGCCGUCUUCUGCUUGCUGUGCCUCUUCUGCAUCAUCGUGUGCGUCUGGUGGACYCGCAAACGGAGAAAAGAGCGCGAGAGGACCUUGCGGGCGGCCGCCGACGACAACGUCAACAACCACUGGGAGCCGCUGCGGCUGGUGGUGGGGCGCGAGCAGCCGCCACCGCUGCAGCAGCUGAAGGAGAACAACAGGGAGGCCGAGCAGGAGCGCAAAAAGCUCAUGGGCUCCUCCUGUCGGACGUGUGACGACGCUGAGGAGGAGGAGGAGGAGGAGACGGAGGGCGAGCUGGAGCUGGAGGAGUGCGGRGGCGGUGGCGAGGCGGGAAAGCAGCUAGUUUAUAAAUACUCAAAGACUGCGGUGCAGUCCGGUGGGGGGGUGAUCUGCACCCUGCACAGCUCCAGCUCCCCCCUCAGAGCACCGCACCGGACCUACAGCCCCAAAGACAACCGCUGGAAAAACGUCAGUUCCGUCUUUAGCUGCCAGAAAGAGCUGAGAGACCACUGCGUAUAAAAAGACUGAAGAGAGCAGGAAGCUGCGAGACAGCCACUCUUACCUUCAGCUGAAAUGGAAAAAGAGGCUUUUUGUUUUUAUUAAGCCCUUCUUUGGUUGGUUUAAUCGUCACUGGGGGCAGUGAACUUCUUAGUUUCACUUCUGAUCUUCAGUUUAUUUUCUUUGGAAGAAAAAAACUUUAUUUUUCUUCAGAAAGCAAAAGAUUUGCAGUUUUUGUUUUGAAACACUUGGUUUAUUUACUUAGAAAGAGGAGAGGAAAACGCUGUAUAAAGAUUGUUUACAGACUAUUAUGAUUUGUUUGUUCAGUGUCUGUGGGGGGGUCUACACAUUAAAACAGUCAAAGGAAGGGUUCUGAGGAGAAGCAGGCCCAGCCUUCGCCCACUGCUCCACCUGUGGCUGUGGAGCUCAAGCCUUACCUGAGCCUGGAGGGGAGGGGACAGAACCCCAGUGCCUACUACGUGGCCUUCCAUUGUUUUUCUUUCUGUUUUCUCCCGUUGUCUCGGCUGAAAGCUGUGUUUCAGAGUUUUUUGCAGUAUUUGAGUUGGUAGCAAGUGCCUUUUCAAAGAGCCGCGUUGUGGCUCGAGUCGUGCUGCCCCGUUUGACCUCGUUCCCCCGACUCGUCUACGUUUAGAGUCGCAGCAGCGCCGCCGCCGUUCAAGGUAUUUGAUCAAAAAAACACAAACAAAACCCAGAAAUGACUACUCUGUACAUAAACUGUAAAUACUAAAAGAAAAGGAGUCUCUGUGUAUAUUUGAGAUAAGUAACUUAAAUACGAGUCACAUUUUUAUUGUUAUUAAUAUUAUUUUUAUUUUAUUUUUUUACAAUGUCAUUCCUUUUUAUUUAUGUCAGUCAGAAUAAGCAGGUUUUAUAACACUUAUUAUCCCACAGCUGAGAACCUUUACAGCGAGGUACCACCUUUCAGGAGGGUUUUAUGAAGGGUUUAAAAAUGGUUUUUUGUUUGAAUUUAAGAAAAUAAAAGCUAAAUUGUACCAAAAAAUUUUAAAUUCCAAACUUCUUUUUGUAGCUUCUUAAACUAUUUUCAUGUUCAUAAUUGAUGAUUUUUGUCUAAUAAACUAAGAAUAAAAAGCUUAAAGCUGCCAAUAUUAGCUUUAAAGGCUUAAAACCAUUUUUAAACCCAUCAGAGACCCUUUUAUUUCAGGUGCCUUAAUGUAAUUAUGAUAUUAUUUAUGUUAUUGCUCAUUUUGUUUUCAUUGUUGCUGUUGGUUUGUUGAUUAAGGAAAGUAAUUCUGUCAAUCAUCGUACGGUGUAUUGUGGUGUUUUUGUGCACCGGAUUAAAAACACUCGGAUCAUCUCCACCCCGCCUCUUUUUUCUCAAACCAAAACGCCGCCAGGAAGAACCGUAGCAGUUUUCAGUGUUCUGACGUGGAUCUUUCAAAGAAAAUUUAAAAAAAGGGUGAAAAAUGGACGCGAGUUUUGUUUCAGGUUUGGUUGAAAGGCUUUAACGAAAGGGAUCCAUGUUUUAAUAAGUUACCACCUCAAAUGACAGUUUUACCCCCCCUGUUGUUUAAGGAACACUUCUGUAUUUCUGUAAAUGGGACACAGCGAAAUAAAGAGUUUAAGAUGCAUCA